AUGAACUUCAGAAGCCUCCUUUUCUCCCUCUUCCUUGUCGUGUGCCUUGGCUUUGGGCUUCUUGCUCAGGCCGAGGAAGCACGUGGACCCAAGAUUACCAACAAGGUCUACUUCGAUAUCGAACAGGAUGGCGCCCCUCUAGGUCGGGUUGUGCUCGGUCUGUACGGCAAGACCGUUCCCAAGACCGCCGAGAACUUCCGCGCUCUCGCAACUGGUGAACACGGCUAUGGUUAUGAAGGCUCCACCUUCCACCGUGUUAUCAAGAACUUUAUGAUCCAGGGUGGUGACUUUACGAACCACGAUGGCACUGGCGGCAAGUCCAUCUAUGGACAGAAAUUCGCGGACGAGAACUUCAAGCUUCGUCACACCAAGAAAGGACUUCUCAGCAUGGCCAACGCCGGAAAGGAUACCAAUGGCUCUCAGUUCUUCAUUACUACUGUCGUCACCAGCUGGCUUGAUGGCCGCCACGUCGUCUUUGGCGAGGUCCUCGAAGGAUACGAUGUGAUCGAGAAGAUCGAAAACACCAAGACCAAGCCCGGCGACAAGCCUGCCCAGGCGAUCACGAUUGCCAAGAGUGGUGAACUAGAGAAACCUGCCGAAGACCUUUACGGUACCGCGGGACCGGCCAUCGAGGGCGACUGGUUGGACGUCACCACCUCGCCACCAGAAUCGUCAGAAUCCUCGGAGAAGACCGCAACUGAGACUGAGAAUGUGAAUGAGGAUGAGGUUGAGGUUGAAUCACCCAAAACACCCUCGCAGCUACUUUCUGGAAUUGUCAAGGGGAGCGGCACAGUCCAGGUUUUGGCUUGGAUUGCGUUUGUCGGUUUUGCUGUUGUUUGUGUGCUUUAUCUUCGGAGCCGGCGGUCGGUCGUCUGA